AUGAAGUCGAAGCAGGCGCCUCGCGCCUCUGCCAAGCAGACAACAUCGGUUUCCAAGAUGAAUGGCGGCACGACCACCAAGGUAAUCACCACGUCCACCGCCUCCCCCUCCACUUCCGACUUGGACGAAGUAGCAUCUCUGUUCAACACCAUCAAGCAGACCAAAGUGCAGAAGCACGGCAAUGCCUCUGCCGCCCAGCUCUCAUCCCUGCAGAGGGGGGCUGGGGGAGCAUCGAUGAAGGUGCAUAAUAUUAAACGCUCGUCAGCUGACGCUGGAGCGCCUCGUCUGUCGUCCUCGCCGGGGGCUCAGGCGAAACCUGUUCGCGAUGGACUCUACCGCGCCCCAGAGAAGUCGGUGCAGAUGAGUGACAACCAGUUCUUCAGCGGCACUUGGCUGAAGGAAGACCGCACAGCCGCGACCACUGCCGUCGCCACCUCUGCUGUCCCAAGCACAGAGUCUCCCGAGGCGUCCGAGGAGUUGCUGCGCAGGGAGGGGGUGGAUCGCAUCGUGUCCAUGGACGAGCUUUCCAAGAUGCUUUCGCAUAACUCCAGGGCUGGCACCACUCCCAAUUGCCCGUUCGACUGCGACUGCUGCUUCUGA